AUAAAUACGAACGGGGCGAACGGUUCGAGCGUCAGUCAGUGAUCGGUCGUCGAUCGCGCGAUCAACAGCAGCGGUGCUGAAAACACGGUGCACGGUCGUCAACGGUACAGGUGUAGUUAAGUGCGCGCGCGGUGUUAAGUGGUGUUCGAGUGCGCGCGGUCGUCCACGCGGGCUGACAACCGUCGUCGGCAACAUGCGGCGGCGCAAAGGGCUCCACGCGAUGCGGCCCUGCGUGCUGUUGGUGUACGUCUCGGUGUGCUUGGCGAUGUUCGCGCGGCCCGGUCUUUCGCGACAGAUACCCGCGGGACCGGUUGCCGUCUUCGAUGCCGCCGGGUCGUCGUCGGCCGCCGGUGAAUAUGACCCGAAGGCCGUGGUGGCCGCCGAGACCCAACAACAGUCGGUCGUCGCGGUGCCCUCGUCGUCGUCUUCGGCUUUGGCGCCGGCCCAAGACCAGGCCGUAGCCGCGUCGCACAAGAAGAAGAAGAAGAAGAAAAAGUCGUCCAAGAAGUCGUCCAAGGGCGGAGGGUCGAAGAAAAAGUCCGAUCACCAUUCGAAAAAGGGCCACAAGUCGGACAAGGGAUAUAAGACCAAACAUCACUUCGACAAGGGCGACAAGGGCAAGCACGGCAAGGAAGAGCACGAAGGCCACUACAAGAAGGAAGGCGGUCACAAGAAGAAGAAACACGACGAGGCUGAGAAGUACGGGCACCAUCACAAGGGCGAGAAGGGCCACAAAGGCGCCAAGUUCGGCGAAAAAAAGGGUCACAAGAAGGGGCACAAGACCAAAGGAUAUCACAACAAGUUCCAUAAGGACGAGUACCACAAGGAGCAUAAGUUCUACGACGACUUCCACAAGGGCGGACACCAUAAGAAGCACGGCUCCCACCACAAAAAGCAUGCGAGCAAGGAGGGUAAGCACAAGAAAGGCGCGCACCACAAGUCUGCACAUCACGCGGACAAAUAUGGCAAGAAAGGACACAACGAAAAGGGCCACUACGAUAAAGAGCACAAGGGGCAUAAAGGCAAGAAGGGACACGACGAACACCACUCGCAUCACGAAGACUACGGGAAAAAGGGCGGCCACAAGCACUUCAAGAAGUACGGCUACAGCAAAAAGAAGAAGCAAGGAUAAAGGACCGACCGCGUGCAUUAACCGGACAAAACAGCCAAGUUUUAUCGACGUACUGAAACACUUAGUUUGUUUUACGAUUAUUUCUAUUAUUAUUAUUAUUAUUAUUAUUAUUCCAAUAUUUA